AUGAUUGUAAAACGGGUUCAGAUUGAGACUCGACAACGUCUGCAAAGUGCAUACGUUUUUAUCCACUUGGAUGAUUCAAGCAUUGAUUCAAAACAAGUGGAUGUUAGUUUUAAUGAUGGAUAUUUGAUUGUAAAACACCCACAAGAUGAUUCACAUGCUGAAACUGAAACAUUUAACUUAAAUAGUUUACGUAUUAAAGAAGGAUCUCUUACUUCUAAACAAAUAUUUGCUAAUUGUAUUACACUUAGGUUGUUGACUGACCAAAAAACUGCGUACAAUAAUUUAAGCGGAGGUUUCAAGGCGGAAAUCAUGGAAUUGACAAACAAAUUCAAACAAAGUAUGAAUGUUACUUCAUCAGGAAGUAGCAGCUUGCAUCAAAUUAAAAACAACAUUCCAUACACAAUUUUAUGUAAAGAGUGCAAAACUUCAUUAUGUGAGUUAACAUUUGAUCGCGUUUUGCCUUUGCCAUCUUCCGAACAAAAUGAUUGGUUCUGUCAUUGUACGAAAGACCAACAAAUUGAUAUUGCGCCGAAAACAACCGAUUUAUUAUACUCCGAAUGUCACUAUUUGCUAAAUCCGAGCCAAACUAAUGCGUCUAUUGAUCAGGUGGGCAAAUAUAUCCGUUGCAAACAUUGUUUGACUUGGCUUGGGAGCAAACAUGAUGAGAAAAGUAUUAAGUUUUACUUUAACACUACAAUUUUUAAAUCAACUGAAUCUGGUGUGGCUAAUUACACCACCUCGGCUUUAAGUGAUGUUUUUAAAGUUAUCAAAUCAAUCUCUGAAGAUGUGCAUAUUAUUGCACCAAAAAUUGUGCUGUUUUGUCAAGUUGGCGAAACUGUAGUUCAGUAUAUUCUUUUGAGGAUCUUUGAUGAUAAUUUACAACUUCAAUUGCAUGAGAACAGCAAUGUUUGGGAUAUGGUAGUUGCAAAAGUAUUUUUUAUGUUUGUAUCAAAUCGAAAUGAAGUAGUUGAUGCAUGGUGUAAAGAUGCCAAUGCACAUUCAAUUACAAUAUCAAGACCUAUGUUUGAAGAAUGUUUGUCACACUUGAGAGAGAAACAUGGAUUGAUGCCUGCGGAAUUUGGUACUGAUUCGGAAGGUUUUAGUGCAUCAUAUCUUAUGUAUGAUGAAGAAUAAAUAACAUUACUUUCAAAUCAAAA